AUGGCGGACGUCUUUCACACCAUGGGGAUGGAGUCACUCUCUGCCUCAGAGGAUGAAUACUUGAGUGAUAUGCCGACCCCGACACCCCAAAGGAAGCAACAAACAGCGCCACCAAGGCAGUCAGAACCGCCACUAGCCACUAAGGCUGACCUAACAGGCAUGGUGACUGAUCUUAAGGCAUUCUUCACGGCUGAAUUGGCAGGCCUCAAGACGGAGCUGAGCACAUUUACAGGCCGCAUGAGAGCCACGGAAGACGCAGUCCAGGACCUGAGAGUCCAACAAGAUGCCACGACAAAGAAAACGCUCGAGCUCACAACCUCAUGCUCCCAGCUAAACGCCUGA